ACAUUAAAAUUUGAAUUUUAAUUAUUAGUAAAAGGUGGCAUAAUAUUCUUCCAUUUUCGACGAGGAAGAAAUGGAUAUCAUUUCACAUCCGAUUUGAACUUUCUUUCUUUCUUUCUUUCUUUAUCAAACUCUUCUUUUCUUGCUUUCCCUCAUGAUUUUCAGAUUGAUAAGGGGAAUUAUUCACCCGGGAUAGUGGAUAUUUUGAUAUUCAGUUACUCCCAAAUAAAUAUAUUGAAAACUACCCAAAUCGUCCGUAUUUAAGUUGAAUUUUUUAAAUAGGAUUAGAUGCGGAAAUUGUUACAUCUACUGUAAAUUCCGUAUAAUUCCAGUGAUAGUGAUUCCAAUCCUUGGUGCAGUUAUGUCGGACAAAUCGAGACCCAGCACAUUAAGUGUUUACCUAUACGUCCCCAACAUCAUUGGAUACGUGAGAAUUAUACUGAAUUGCUUUGCCUUUGCCAUAUGCUUCAAGGACAAAUAUCUUUUCUCAGUUCUUUAUUUUAUUAGCUUUGCUUGUGAUGCAUUAGAUGGUUGGUUUGCGCGCAAAUUGAAUCAAGUUUCAACCUUUGGAGCUGUUCUCGACAUGGUUACAGAUAGGAUAAGCACUGCCUGCUUGCUGGUAAUACUCUCCCAAGUUUAUAGGCCUGGCUUUGUUUUCUUGUCGUUGCUCGCUCUAGAUAUUGCUAGCCACUGGUUACAAAUGUACAGUUCCUUCUUGGUAGGCAAAACUAGUCAUAAAGACGUAAAGGACAGUAGCAGUUGGCUGUUCAGGGCUUACUAUGGGAAUCGCAAAUUUAUGGGUUACUGUUGUGUAUCCUGUGAGGUUCUUUACAUUAUUUUGUUUCUUCUAGCGACAAAGGAAACCGAGAAUUUGACUGAUGUAUUAGUGAAUGCUGCAAUGCAGAGUUGGAUGUACUUAACUCUAUUUGCUUUAAUUCUAUUCGGAUGGACAAUCAAGCAAUCAGUCAAUCUUAUCCAGAUAAAGACUGCAGCAGAUGCAUGCAUACUAUAUGACAUCAACAAAAAGCAAAGGGAUUGAUGCAGUAAUAACUAAUUGGAGAGCUACGUGCAGCAGUCGUUUACCAAACGACGUGUUUUCUUCUCUUCGAGGAGCACUUUAGUUCCAUCCUGGUUGCUCUGUGGACCUGCAAUUUGGAUCGAGUUGAACUCGUGGACUGUUUGAAUGUGUUUAUCUUUGAAUCUGCAAAGGAAAGCUUAUAUGGCUGUGCAUGUUUGAAUAUUAGUGAAGUACAUUUUGUACAGCGCCUCUUGGAAAUUGACCAAUUUUUUUACAUAAUUCUUGUGUUAUAUGUGAAUUUAUUCUCUUGCUGUUU